CGUUGUGUUUACCGAGAACCGGACACUCACAUAUCCGCACGACACUCACAGGAUAUUAAUUUGUGUUAUAAUUCAACUCUGUGGAAUUUUUAAAACCCCAGGAAUCUUUCAAAAUCCGGAAAUAUCCACACCUCGAAGUUUGAGCAUAAAACGGAUUUUUUUUUGUCUUUCGAUUAGAUAUAAGUGGUGGUGGACGCUUAAUACGACGUCAUAUCUUGUACAGGAAUUUUCCAAUGAAAUGCGAGUGUAGGUAGAGAAUAUCACAAAGCUAUAGAGUAUAGGACAGAGAAGAGGGGCUCUGUAACACCAGAUGAAGUGUAUUGAUCGCCUGGCCAUUUGUUAUCGACGGUCUACUUGUACAUCUGACAGAAUGGACGGUUAGUAUGGAGGUGUUUCUCAAGACUCCAACACAGAGACCGAGAAGGUUAGUACAGAGUAUAUACCCACAGCCGUACUGGAGGAGUGUCCUAAAUCUACAACAAGCCAAGGAGUUACACAGCUUACUGACAGCAUAAGUUCAGCAGACUUACAGCAUAAUAGCAGCAGAGUUUCAGCAUAAUUUCAGUAUACGUCAGGAUUAAACCGGAUCACUGUGAGACAGAGUUUUAGGAACUGUUCGACAGAGUUUUAGGAACUGUUCGACAGAUAUGAGGACGCGGUAUUCCUUUCUCCUCCUCACAUUGACAGUGUAUCACCUGGGCGGGGAGGCCUUCCUUCUCCCGGACUCAUCAUCCGACACAGACACUACAUCCUUAGACAGAUUAUCACAGCUCCGACAGACUCGAGUACUCUUACUCCAGCUCCUUAAACAAAUCAACACAUACUCACAAGGCCCGCCUAAUGUCUACGUGGAUACGUCAAUACUGGUCAGGGGAGAUAACUCUAUAGGGGAAAAUGACGCUCAGUAUGACGGUCGAGGCGGUCAGAGAUCAGAGAAGCGUGACAUGGGAAUCAUGCCUCCGUGGCGGGAACUAUGUCGACUUGCGGGCCUGAGGAACUGCCGCGGGUAUCACAGCUAAAACCCAAUAAACAUAUCACUGUGCCUUCAUAUUUAUCGUCCUUUAUUGUCUCUCCCCACCAGGUGGCGCUCAUUGAGCGACAUCUAUCGGGGAUCAAAACGCUUUUUAACGUACACCUGAAAACGAGAACGAAGUAUAUCUUUUUUACAGGAAGUCGUGAAAUAUAAUUUAAAAUGUAUUGGCCAGGUGACGUUGCUUAUCAAAUGUUAAAAGGUGACGCUCUCUGGAAAACAGUAACGCGUGGCGGAGAAAUCCAACGCACAGGGUUUCUGUCGUAGUCAAUUGGUAAAAAAACGUCAAUAAAGUUGCUAUGCUACCUUA